AAACAACCAAGAUGUGGGUCAAGAUGUUAUGGCUGGUGGUGAUCAUGGCUGCCUUCCUAUCAUCUUCACAAUCACGUGAAGAAUCUCAACAAAACUUUGAAGCUCAAGCUCUUGAGGCUGAUGUAUUAGACUUGUUGACUCCCUUAAUUGGUGACAUAAGCACAGCUCUGGAGGGCUUCAUUAAUAUUGGCAAGAUUGGCAUGGGUGUGGCCAAGUUUAUCAACAUCAUUUCUGAUCAGAUCUUCAAUAUGUCUGCGGAAGCCAUGAAUUUUGGUUCAUACGUCCCUAUGGCUGACAGGAAGAUCCUAGCCAUGUUUGAACUGCUGUCUCGUCGCCUCGACCAGAUAGAACACGGGGUUCAGGGAGUUGCUAAUUCUCUGAGAGAUCUGGCUGAUGGAUUGCAAGAAAUGGUUCGCUGGGAGAUUGCUCUCAACACUAUGGAAGAAUAUGCUCGGCCUAUCAACACACUGUACAAGCGCUUCUUGCUCUACCAGAGCCUCAAGGACAGAGUGGAAGAUCAUACACUGAUGGACUUCGCUAACACUGUGGUGUCCCACGACACUGACUCUAUCAUGUCUCUGAUGGCUAACCCGCACAGCAUGGCUGCUCCAGAGGCUUCUCAACGUAACAACUUUACCCUUCACCAGACUCUAAGGUAUAGGAUGGAGAGGUGCAAGUUUAAUGGGGUGUCCAGGUUCUCCUACUUCCUUAUAUUCUCUACAACAGCGGAUGUGAUUCUUCACAUCUUGCCUUAA